AUGGCGCUGCUCAGCGGGCCCCCCGCCGCCCCCCUGCCCUCCUUCGCCUCCUUCUGCAGCCGCGACGCGCCCCACCUCCAGCAAAGGUGGCCCUGCAGCCUGCAGGCCCAGCUGCCCCCCUGCCCCCUGCCGGCCUCGGAGCCCCCCAAGGACGACGAGGACCUCAACACCGUCUUGGACCUGAUCCUGGCCCUGGGCAGCGAGGGGCCCCCCUUCGGCCACGACUCUUCCCCGGCGGAUUACGGCUCGGGCCCCAUGGCAGGCGGACCCCCCUUCUACGAGACCCGCCCCCCGCCCGGACGCUACAGCCCCGGGGAGCCGGGCAGCCCCCCGCCCUACGGCGCCGGGCUCUCGGCCCACCUGGACCCAAACGACGGCCUCCCGGGGCCGGUGCAGGGGCGCUUCUUGGUGGCCUCUGCCUUCGCGGGACGCCGUUUGAUGGAGGCGCUCAAACCCGAGCCGGAGAUGGAGGGCUACGGGCCGCUGGCCGGCCUGGCCCCCCAGCCCGGCCCCCGGAUCAAGCAGGAAGGCAGCCCGCCCUGCAUGCUGGCCGGCUCUCCCCGGAUCCCUGGGGCCGAGACCCCUCCCUUGAGCCCCGAUGACCUCAUGGCAGCAGAGUGCCAAGGACGGGGGCCCCUCACGCUGCCCCGCGGCUACCACCCCGCCGCCGCCAGCUACGCGCACCCACAGAGCCACCUUCAGUACCCGAGCAGCUCUCCCUUUGGCCUGUUUGAAGACAGCCUGCCCUGCCAGCCCUCGGCCCCAAGGGGCGUGCUCACCCCUCCGUCCUCCCCCCUGGAGCUGCUGGACGCCAAGCCCAAGAGGGGCCGCCGCUCCUGGCCACGCAAGCGGACUGCCACCCACACCUGCACCUACGCUGGCUGUGGGAAGACAUACACCAAGAGCUCACACCUGAAAGCGCACCUGCGGACACACACAGGCGAGAAGCCCUACCAUUGCAACUGGGAUGGAUGCGGCUGGAAAUUUGCUCGCUCCGAUGAACUCACGCGCCAUUACCGCAAGCACACUGGGCACCGCCCCUUCCAGUGCCACCUGUGCGACCGAGCCUUCUCCCGCUCCGACCACCUGGCUCUGCACAUGAAGAGGCACAUGUAG